CCUUUCCCUUUUUGUCGUGUGACGAUAUGCGCAAGCGCGAGCUUUUCUCUCAGCUGUCAGAUACGGGUGUAGACGUGAAGUAUCUUGUCCGUACAUUAUCUUUGUCAGGACCAACAGCUGGGUGGAACUCCGACAAAAAAAAAAGUUGCUAAAGCGUAUAGGGAUGGCAGUUUGACUGUGAGACAAGCUAGCUGUUGUUUUAAGUGCUUAUUACCCCCGCGGUGCCAUGGAUUUUAAUGUAAAGCGGUUAGCCGCAGACGCCGGUACUUUCCUAAGCCGUGCGGUACAAUUUACAGAAGAGAAACUUGGCCAGGCUGAAAAGACAGAGCUGGAUGCUCAUCUGGAGAACCUGUUGGUCAGAGCUGAGAACACCAAGCUAUGGACAGAAAGGAUUAUGAAGCAGACGGAAGUCUUACUGCAGCCCAACCCAAAUGUCCGGCUAGAAGAGUUUGUGUACGAGAAACUGGAGAAAAAAGCUCCUACGCGAAUGAACAACCAUGACCUGCUGGGUCAGUCCAUGAUUGAGUCGGGUGGUGAAUUUGGUCCUGGCACUGCCUACGGAAAUGCUCUGAUAAAAUGUGGUGAGACGGAGAAGCAGAUUGGCGGGGCCGAACGGGAGUUGAUCCAAAGUGCCGCCAUCAACUUCCUGACACCUUUCAGGAACUUCUUAGAGGGAGACUUCAAAACCAUCCUGAAAGAGAAGAAGCUACUGCAGGUGAAACGUUUGGAUUUGGAUGCAGCUAAAACCAGGCUAAAGAAAGCCAGGAUGGCUGAUGCUAGAGCUGCGGCAGAGCAGGAGUUGAGGAUGACCCAGAGUGAGUUUGACCGGCAGGCAGAGAUCACCCGGCUGCUGCUAGAAGGCGUCAGCAGCACCCACGCACAUCACCUACGCUGCUUGAAUGACUUUGUGGAGGCCCAGUCUACGUACUACGCACAGUGUUACCAGUACAUGGUGGAUCUCCAAAAGCAGCUGGGCAGGGUGGCACAGCAGUCUGCAGUUGCCAGUGUUCAUCACCCCCUUCCUCCUGCCAGUUUCCCCUCCACAUUCUCCAACAACAACCAAUCGUCAGUGUCGGGCGGGGCCAGCAACUCGGUGCCCACCAUCCCGGUGUCGGCCUCCCUGCCCAGUGUGUCCGCGGGCCGCAGCAGCUCCACGGUGUCGGGCGGAUUCAAUGAGCUGCGUAGCUCCAACGGCAGCCGCAAAGCCCGAGUGCUCUACGACUACGAUGCUGCCAGCAGCAGCGAGCUUUCCCUGCUGGCUGAUGAGGUGAUUGUCGUCAGCAGCGUCCCUGGCAUGGAUUCAGACUGGCUGAUGGGCGAGCGUGGCAACCAGAUGGGCAAAGUGCCGAUCACUUACCUGGAGUUGCUUAACUGAGACCCCCCACCCCACCACCGGCCCUCUGUAACCAGCUGUGAUCUCAUGUUUAUAUUGUGUUCCAGGGACGGGCUUCACUUUCCUUUCCAUUUGGCCAUUUUAGAAUGAGUUAUAUUUCUAUGAAAAGGAGUCUCAGUUUUAGCAGACACGCUGGAGUGAAUACAUUUGAGAGAAGGGAAAGGAACCGGACCCCCAGUCCCUGAUGUGUUUGUAUGCAACUGUAGUACAUUUCUAUAACAUGCUUCCAUGCCUUUGUGCUUGACGCCAUGCAAUCUGCAAAUAUGUGCCAGAACAUCUCCCAAACUGUACCUUUUUAAAAAAAAAAAAAGUUUUGUUUUUUACGAUAUAUAUAGCUCAGAUGGUGACAUAAAUGCUUUUAAUGUGAGGGUUGUAUUUCUCUUCCCUCACUGCAAGUUUUCUCAAGUAGCGAUACAGCAGACACUUUUUUUUUUUUUUAAAUACAAAAAUGCACUUCAGUUUGAACUGGAGAGUGAUGCUGAUUAUUAAGCCUUAUUCUAUAAUUGAUAAUCUUACAGUGCAGUAGCUGUUAUGGUUAUCCAAAGAAUGAAUUAUUAUUUUUUAAACAUUAUCGUAAGUAUUGUUCGUCAGCUUUAUUCACAUGGAGCUAUGCUGGACAGCGAGUUUAAACACAUUCCAGUACAUUUGAUUGAAGAGCGAGGCGGAAUAAGAGACAGUGUUAUCUGCUGAUAACCGCGCGGUUACCAAACUCGCAUGCCAGACAUCGUUAAGUGCCUAUCGCAGUGAAUCGGCCUCUCUGAAACCAUUUGCCUUGUUUGCAGCUACACCAGCCAUAUUGAGACGGUCUAUUCAGUCUCCUCUGCAUGUAUUGAACCCCAAUACUUCUAUUUAAGUUAUUGACAAUUGGAAACCAGCAUUUCCACGUUUCUGUGGAAGUUCAUUUAUCUGAAGACAGCUGUUGUCUUUGAUUAAAUUAUUGACUUGUGUAUUGUACAUAAAUACACAGUAAGUGACAUGUUCAUUGUCGACAUGAAGAAAAAGCCUUAAAGUAAAAACAUUUACACUUUCUUUUUUACCUUACUAUCAGUUUCCCUUAAACCUGCAUUUCAACUUCACAUUGAAAAAGAAAAAAAAAAAGCCUUGUUGCAUUCUGGGAGAUGAAAGUAUAUUAUUCCAUGGCUGCUUUUUGUUUUUGUGUGUAACUGAUAAGAUGGCAUACAAUUGUAAAAUAAAUAUACAAUAUGAUGAGUUAAAAUAAGAAAAUAACACUGGUCUGUUUUGAGUUUUCAUUUUAUUUGUGUCCAUGCACACUUUCAGUAGUGAGGGAACAAAAUGUGGCAUUUACUGUCGUCUUGAUUGUUGAUUUUUGUUGAUUCCUAGUGGAACCACUAGAGGGCAGAGCAAGCAACUGGUUGUGCUGUUAAAUACAACUGAAGAAAUGUAAUUUGGCAGAAUCAUGUGAGAUUGAGACACGUUACUGAGCUAGAGAAAGUAAAUGUCAUGUAAUGCAUGAACACCUUUGAAAGCUGCCAUUUUAGACCCAGUGAUAUAGUGCUAAAUGUCAUUAAAGGACUAAACAUGAACAUACUAAUACUGUAGGACAAAAACCAAGAGGAAACUGGAAUUAACCAUUUUCAAGGAAAAUAAUUAUAUUUAGUACUCUUACAGGUCAAUUUCCAAAACCAUUUUCUCAUUAGUUCUCAGUAAAGCACUUUCAUGUCAAACCUUCAAUAAUCUACUCUAGAUCUUAAAGAAAAUGUUGAGUCUAAACGGUAAAGUUUUUAAUUUUAACACCGACAAAGGGUUUCUACAGUAGUGGUGGGAGAUGUGAAAGAAGAUAAACAGAUGCACUCUUGACUGAAGUCAUGCCCACCAUGAUCAAAAGGCUGUUUAUUAUGAUAUGGAUGACACCUCUGAAUGAACGCUUAUUCUUCUGAUGAUUUGUCUUGCUUCAUCCAAAAGCAGCUCUAUUUUAAAGUGAUUCACAAAAUAUUUUCUCAAUGUUGACUCAUUCAAAGAGAAUUUGGUGAGCAGAAGAGUAGAUUCCCUCUACCCAGUUGUCUUGGGCUCUCUCCUGGCCCGAUCCCCUGUGACUUCCACAACUCCCAGUGGAUCUUCAUGCUGCAGUGCCAGCAGCUGUGGACCAGAAAACAUCUCAAAACUCUGACCCAGUUUGACAAAAUCUCUUAAUUUGCAGAUUUAAAAGAUUUCCAAGGAACCCUGUUCUGGGUAGACUCUAUACAGUGACCUUAAUAAAAUGAGCCUGUAAAACAUACAGUGAAAUCUUGUUUUUUUUCACACUCAAAUGCUUUCAUUAGUCACUUUUAGCAGUCUUGAUGCAGUUACACGGUUAACAACUGAUAUGAAAGGCUUCCUGGCUAAACAAUAAGUCCAGUGCAAAGCGCCCAUCGUCGCCUGUCAUAAGAGCAGGAAGGGUUAAGAGGAAGUCAAGUUUUGCAAACUGCCUGUUGACUAAGAAGCUGCCUGUACGUCAGCUUACAUUGGAUAAUUUGCUUUUUCGACAUGCGCCAUCAGCGUCACAUUAACCACUAACCUUUGACCUACAGUAGCUUGUGUUACCAUUUUCCAAAAGAGUACGAUAUUGAAAGGUAAAGCCUGAAAGCACAAUGGAGGAAAAUAUCCUUAAGUGUUUGUACACCAAACAAAAAUAUAGAGUAAAGACCACGAAAUCAUGUAUUUGCGGCUAACAUUGGACCUCAUAAAACCUCAGCUGUGGACAUUUCAGUUGCACAGUAUUCUGAAACCUGACUUUUCUUUAUCUCUCUAAAGAU